AUGGAGACCAGGGAGGACAAAUCCCCGUGGCAGAACCUCAUGGAAGAGGCCGUUUUGAGUGAUUCCACAGUGCAGAAUUCCACUGGGGAGGAAAAUCCCCAGAGAUCCCACAGGAGGAGGGGCUGCAAACCCAGCCCAGUGUGCUCUGAGGAGGAAAGACCCACCCUGAGCCAGGAUGGUGGACAGAGCUUCAGUCAGAGCUCAGAGCUGAUGGCUCAUGGGCAGCUUCAUGAUGGGGAAAAACCCUACAAGUGCUUGGAGUGUGGGAAGAGCUUCAGGCAGAGCAGCACCCUGAUCAGCCACCAGAUGAUCCAUACUGGGGAAUGGCCCUACGAGUGUGGGGAAUGUGGGAAGGGCUUCAGCUACAGCUCCACCCUCGCCAUCAACCAACACAUCCACACUGGGGAGAGGCCCUACGAGUGUCUCCAGCGUCAGAAGAAGUUUCGGAUCAGCUCCGAUCUCCUCUGCCACCAGCAGAUUCACACAGAGGAGAGGCCCUUCCACUGCCCUGACUGUGGGAAGGGCUUCAACUGUGUCUCCCACCUCAUCAGGCACCGGCGCAUCCACACUGGGGAGAGGCCCUACGAGUGUCCCCAGUGUGGGAAGAGCUUCAGCAGUAGCUGUCACUUGACCAGACACCAACGGAGGCACUGGUAA